CAUCUUGGAGUCAUCUAGUUAUCGGUGAGAAGGCGAGGAGUGAAGCAUAUAUGAUCUCAUCUUUCUUCCUCUCAAACAUAAUCAUCAUCUGUAUCAUUGACUCUUUCAAAAUAAAAUAGAAGUCAAUCUUACAAUAAUAAAAAAGAAACUUGAAAUUUAGGAGCAAAAAGAACUAGGGGUGGAAAGUCAAUCGUACACUUUUAACCUUUCCUUAAGCAAAUAAAUAACACUUUGAUUAAAGAAAGAAAAUCACUAUUCAACGAGAGAAAUAAUUCUUCAUCGACAUUUUGGAGUCGUAAUCGUCUAUAGUACAUCCGAAUCAUAAUUAAUGACUCCAAUAAAGUUCCUUAAAAAACGUUAACCAAAAGUGAUAUUCGGAUGCAGCAUGGACCGCCACAAAUUGUCAUAGGUAUGAGUAACCAUAAACCAACCACAAAUGGGUUUUGGUUGCACCAUGGGUAUGAGUAAAAUUUGAACCCAAAUAUAUUUUUUAUGGCUUGAAUCAAAAUAUUGCGGAUGGUGGAUGGACAUAGUUUUCUAACUAUCCAACUCGAUCCUGCCCAAAUAUACACAUGUGUAUGUAUUUUAUUUAAAAAUAUUAUUAUUUUUCUCAACAUAUUCUAUAUUUAUCAUACAUAUAUAAUAUUUCAUGAAUCGUGUUGUUUUUAAUUAAUUUAUUCAUUUUAAUAAUCUAGUGUUGUAAUUUGUCACUUAUGUAAUGUCACUAUAUGUGUGACACAUAUGUUAACAUAUUAGUUGAAAUUGAGAAAAAUAAAUUAUUAUCCAUGGUCCCAUGGAUAACCGUGGAUUUUCGAAACCCGACUAAGUAUGGAUAUGGUUUGAUAUUCUACUAGAUUCUUAAAUAGGUGUGCGUAGGGGUGUGCAAUGGUCUGGUCAAUACAGGAUCGCGCCGGACCAAACCGAUGUUUGGCCGGACUGAACCGUAGCGAACUGAGUAUAAUGCGCUCCGGUACUUGGUCCUAUGAAUUUUAUGAUUACUGAAGAAAAAAUGGAUUAAAUUGAUAUUCGAACCGAAAACAAACAAAAUGGGCCGAAUGCAAUGAUGGUCUGGUCCUUGGUGCUAAGAUGUCUUUCACUAUAGGACCACAAUUCUCAUGAAUUUGAUCUGAUCCGGACUGAACCAAAACGGUUGCACACCCCUAAAUGUGAUUAUGAAUAAAACCUGAACUAUUUUCAGGUAGGGUAAUGGAGAUCCACUAUCCAACUCAACAUGUUGCUAUCCCUAAUUAGUAAUUACCAUCGCACCCAAGGUUUUCAACUUGGUUUAGCCCGUUGACCCGAUCAAGCAAGUGGGUUGAGGGUUAAUGGUCUGACCGCUUUAGCCCGAAUAUAUGAAAAUUCAUUCGUGUAUGUAUAAAUUAUAUCAAAUUGCAUGAAAUAUAUGAGUAAUAACAUAUAACAUUACACCAAAAUAACAAGUCACACUUGGAUCAAACAUAUAGUGAAAAUACAUACAUUAAUGUAACUUCAAUAUUCAAAUGUCCAAUUUAGAAUUUCAAAAAUAGGGUUAGACGAAGAGGAAAACCAGAAAAAGUAUGAAUUUCGCAAACAAAAGAAAAGAAGGACAUUGUGUGACAUAUAACAUGAUAAUCUUCUUGCAGCGGGUCGGUCCGAAGAAUGUAUAAGGCCCCUCCCCCUUCUUUUAUCGGUUAGAGUCAAAAUAGGUCAACGAGUGACUCAACCCGCACCCAUAACUCAUAAGUCUUACUAACAUAUGACGGUCCCUAUAAAAAGAGCGGCAGAAUGUAAAUAUUAUGUGAAAAGGAGCAGCUUCAGGGCGGUUCCCUUUCUCUCUGCAUCCAGAGACUGAGACUGAAAAGGGGAAUUCGAGGUGAGGCGAGGCGACGACGAAGAGAGCAACGUCGCCGCUGAUCGUGGUUCGGUUAGCAUUCUCCCAACUUCUACAUCCUUCUCCUCUCCGGCAUUUUUCUCAUCUUCUUGUCCUGAUCUUGCUUUUCUCUCUGCAUCCAGGGACUGACAAGGGGCAUUCGAGGCGAGGCGAGGCAACGAAGAAAAGAGCGACGUCGCCGCUGAUCGAGGUCGGUAAGCAUGCUCCCAAACCUCUAGUAUCUUCGCAUCUCAGGCAUUUCCCUAUUGUUCUCACGAUUUCCUGAUCUUGCUAGCAGAUUCUUUGCUAUAGUGAGCUGAUUCCUUCCUGCUCGGUUAGUUUCGGCCUUAAUCUCUGCGAGCGAUACGGUACGUCGUUCGUCGCCAUCUUCCGCUUAGUGUUGUUCCGAUCGCAUUUGCUUGUGUCUUCUAGUAGAGUUACUUUCCCUGAAUCUUGAUGCAAAAGAACUAGGAAAUCGUUAGAUGAAUGAGAAAUAGGGGAGAUGGAGAGUAGAUUCCUUCUUCCGCUUAGUGUUUGUUGUUCCGAUCGCAUUUGCUUAUGUCUUCUAGUAGAGUUAGUUUCCCUGAAUCUUGAUGCAAAAGAACUAGGAAAUCGUUAUAUGAAUGAGAAACAGGGGAGUUGAGUUUGUGAUUAGGUUGUUUAUUGAUUAGGUUUGGAUUGACAGUAGAAAUCAGUAUUAGCAUGAUCUCAAUGUGUGUUUAGAAUUAGGAUUGGGAGAGCCUUGCCCUAACCAACGGAUGGUGAAAUUUUGCUGAAUUGGCAGAUGGUUGGUUAUCAGGGUAAUUCUACCGUUUCCUUGAGGGCUUUUGCCGAUGUCUAUAAAGAGUACAAACUGAAUGUGGCUGAUAACAUCUGGAGGGAGAAGACACAGCAAGCAGCCGAGGCAUGUUUUGCCAAUAGCACGAUUUUGCUUGCUUCCGUGGAGGAUGCACAGACGGCCAAAAAGUUGACCGAGUUUAUGGUGGAGGGCGAGAAGAGUUGUGGUUUCCGUCUGUCCUCGAGGCUGCCCGAGAAGGAGAAGAUGGAUGUUAAAGAGGCCGCCAUAAAGAUGAAUCUUUCGGUUGGCGAAUGAUGGUAGGUGAGUGAUUCAGGCAUGUCAGAAACUAAGGCAGAAUUUUGAGGGAAAAGUGGAAAGGAAAGGCGGCAGCCAAGCUAUAGACACGUAUUGGAUGUAUAAAUACAGAUAGACAUAACAAUUCGUUGGGAGAUGAUUAGGUAUUCACGGUUUUAAUUCUAGGGUAUUAUCUAGUUUACUGCUGCUCUAUGUUCUUGUGUUUGGUGACAGCAAAUGUCAGCAAUUAACGAUUCUUAGUCUC